CUCAUUCCGUGUUUUACUCUCCAUCUCUCUUCCAACGUUUCCUAAGCCUUCUUUUGUUUGUUCUCUUCUUUGAUUCUCUCUUUGAGAUAUUCUCUGUUUUUUCCAUCCACACACCAAAAAUAAGAGGAUAUUUUUGAGAAACAAUUCGGAAGCCAUCAUUAAAAUUCGAUUUUGAAAAUUUUUCAACAAUCUUAUUGCAUGUCUCUGGUUCUUUAAUUUGUUUUCAUGUCCUACUGCAUGAUUCAGUUGACUUCUGGAUUUGUUUUCUUUAUUGAUGAGUCUUAGUAUUAAUAUCCCCGAUCAUUAUUAUUGUGUUAGAUUAGAUAGAUACGUAUAGUAAGCAAACGUAUUCUUAGGGUUUACUUUUUCGUAUUGUAGGGUUCGAAUUUUCUUUUGGAGAAUUUUUUUGUUGGUUCAGAAAAAAUGAGUUUGAGAGCAUAUGCAUGAUCUUUAGUUUGUUGAAAAUAUUUUUCUUAUUAAAAAUCUAGACUUUUUCAUCAUUUAGGUCGCAUUUGUUUAACCUUCCAAUCAAGAGAUUGUUUUAAAUAACUCCCGCCUAUUUUCAUUUAAUUGGCUAUAUAUUAUUACUCUGAAGAAAAACUUGAUUUUGUGAUGAUAAUGAUGAAAAGAUAAGCUUUGAGUUAGAACUCUUGUUUUCUGAAAGUUGUGUGGUCUGUGUUGGAGUCUUUGAUUUGAAUUCAAGACAUGGAGAAGAGAUCAGGAGAAGAAGAAGAAGGAGGCGUUGGGAAGAAAGACAGGAUUUUUCGAGCAGAUAAGAUCGACUUGAAGAGUUUAGAUAAACAGCUUGAGGAACAUCUGAGUAGGGUUUGGUCGAGGAACCUUGAGAUAACUCAUAAAGCUAAGGAGGAAGAGUGGGAGAUUAAUUUGGCUAAGUUGGAAACAGAGAAUGUUAUUGCUCGUGGUACUUUUGGGACGGUCUAUAAAGGCAUCUAUGAUGGUGAAGCUGUUGCAGUGAAGGUGCUUGAUUGGGAAGAUGAUGGCCAAGAAAGCAAAACAAAUCGGGCUUUAUUUCGUCAAGAGGUCACUGUUUGGCACAAACUAGACCACCCAAAUGUCACUAAGUUUGUUGGAGCAUCAAUGGGAACAACGAAUCUGAAAAUACCAACAGCUGAUUUAGAAAACUCGUUACCUCAACGAGCUUGUUGUGUGGUUGUGGAAUAUGUUUCUGGUGGAACGUUGAAACAUUACUUGAUCCGUAAUAGACGCAAGAAACUCGCGUUUAAAAUUGUUGUCAAACUCGCUCUCGACCUCUCUCGAGGGCUAAGCUAUCUGCACUCAGAGAAGAUUGUGCACCGUGAUGUGAAAACAGAGAAUGUGCUUUUGGAUGUUCAAAGUAAUCUGAAAAUAGCAGCUUUUGGAGUAGCGAGAGUGGAAGCUCUGAAUCCAAAGGACAUGACUGGAGAAACGGGUACUCUUGGAUACAUGGCUCCUGAGGUUAUCGAUGGCAAGCCAUACAACAGAAGGUGUGAUGUUUAUAGCUUUGGAAUAUGUUUAUGGGAAAUCUACUGCUGUGACAUGCCUUAUCCUGAUCUUAGCUUUGUCGAUGUUUCUUCAGCUGUUGUCUUACAUAAUCUGAGACCGGAGAUUCCGAGAUGCUGUCCGACGGUAUUGGCGAAUAUAAUGAAGAAAUGUUGGGAUGGGAAUCCGCAGAGACGACCAGAGAUGGAGGAAGUGGUAAAGAUGCUUGAAGGAAUUGAUACGAGUAAAGGCGGCGGUAUGAUACCUGAAGAUCAAAUUCCUGGCGGCUGCUUUUGCUUUGCUCCUGCUCGUGGCCCCUAAAGCUCCCUUUAUUUUUCUUUAAUCGUCUGGUUUUCAUUCUUUUUCCUUCACAUUGAAUGAUAUUUGUUUCUUCUACUCCAAGAAACAUCCUUUAUUUUCUCAAUUUUGUUUUGGUCGUUGCGAAUAUUCAAAGUUGAACAAAAA